GAUAUCAAACGUGAAAAAAGUGAGAAAACAGACGGUUUAGUUUUUAUUAUUUACCAGGCACUCAAGCGAAUGACAAAUGGAUUUUAUAUAAACGACGAUAGUCUUGGAAAGGAACCCGUUACAUUGCGCCAACGAUAUUGGAAGAGGCAGGGAGAGAGAUAAACUAUAAUCUUUAAUCAACGCCAGGAAAGAAAAACAACAGAGGAGAGAAACCCGAGCGACAGAGAAACCAAAGAUACACAAUCUACAGACAGUUUGUCGGAAAUUCAAAAUUACAAUUGAAAAUUGUUUGGAAUCGGAUUGGCAGCCGACCCGAGCCACGCCCCCCGCCGCCCCUCGCCAUCGCCAUGAACGCCCUGCUUCGUCACAAGGGACGCAAUUUGCGAACGAGUCAUUUGGCCCAGAACGUCUACAAGCGCUAUCUAAAAUCGAGCUGCUGUGCAUGCAGCUCGGCUAACUUCACAGAUGAACGCGCUGCAGUUGAUGAGCGGCCGCGGAGAUCCGCGUCGACAUCGGUGCUAGAAAUUAGCAGAUCGCUGGCCGCCAACCACCGGAGGUUCCAGCCACAUGCCAGCUAUGGGUAUCAUUAUUCGGGCCACGGGUUCAGGCAUUUGCACGCCAGUCGGACGAUGCUGGAGACGUCUAGCUCGAAGAUCGAUGCGACUGUCAAGAAGCUGAAGAACCAGCAGAAAGAAAAGGUUGAGGAGAUCAUGAAGGAGGUGGCCAAUGCUCAGGCAACGGCAUCGGGAGCAAGCUCUGCACCUACCGCCACUGCAUCCUCAGAUAAGGGUCAAAGUGCAAGUGCGACGACAGGUUCCACAUCGGCGACUGCCUCGUCGAUGGCUGUGGCUCAAUCUUCGGACAAGACGGUGGCCAAGCCAAAAAAGCCACUGGGCACACGCAUUUGGGACGAGCUGGUGCACUACUAUCACGGCUUUCGCCUGCUCUUCAUCGACGUGGCCAUCUGCUCGAAACUCCUUUGGCGGGUGCUCAACGGCAAGGGGCUCACGCGGCGAGAAAACAAACAGCUGCAGCGGACCACCUCGGACCUGUUCCGCCUGAUUCCUUUCUCGGUGUUCAUCAUCGUGCCGUUCAUGGAGCUGCUGCUGCCGCUGUUCAUCAAAUUCUUCCCCGGCAUGCUGCCCUCCACGUUCCAGACCUCAAGCGAUCGGCAGGAGAAGCUCCGUCAGUCGCUGGGCGUCCGCCUCGAGGUGGCCAAGUUCUUGCAGCAGACCCUCGAUCAAAUGCCCGUCCAGCACAAGGAGCACAGCAGCGAGGAGGCCAAGCAGUUCGAGGCCUUCUUCAACAAGAUCCGUAAUCCGACUGAAGCCGUGGGCACCGAUGAUAUAAUCAAGUUCGCUAAGCGAUUCGACGACGAGAUCACACUGGAUUCUUUGUCGCGGGAGCAGCUGGCGGCCCUGUGCCGUGUCCUGGAGCUAAACACCAUCGGCACUACCACGCUACUGCGUUUCCAGCUGCGGCUAAAACUGCGAUCCCUGGCCACCGAUGACCGGGUGAUUGCCCGCGAAGGAGUCGACUCUCUGGAUCUUUUAGAGCUGCAGCAGGCGUGCAAGGCGCGUGGUAUGCGGGCCUAUGGACUCACGGAAGAGCGUCUUCGGUUCCAGCUGAAGGAGUGGAUCGAUCUCUCGCUGAACGAGCAGGUGCCGCCCACACUGUUGCUUCUGUCAAGGACCAUGCUUAUUUCCGACGACAGCAUCACCACUGAUAAGCUGAAGGAGACAAUGCGUGUGCUGCCGGAUGCAGUGGGAGCUCACACACGUCACGCCAUCGGCGAGAGCGAGGGCAAGGUGGACAACAAGACCAAGAUCGAGAUCAUCAAGGAAGAGGAGCGCAAGAUUCGCGAGGAGCGCGAAGAAGAGCACGAGGAGACAAUCGCCAAGCGCACGGCCAUCAAGGAGGAGCAUCCCGCUCCAUAUGUGUUUGCUGAGAAACUGGCGAGUGACAACAACCUUCUGAAUCGCAAGGAGCAGGCUUCGGUCUCCGAGACGGACAAAAGCAUUUCCUCAACCGAUGUCCAACUGCUUUCCGAUGCACUGAAGACCCUGUCAUCCGAUAAGCAGCUGGUGGUGGAGAAGGAAACUAUCAAGGAACUCAAGGAGGAGUUGGCUGACUACCAGGAGGAUGUGGAGGAGUUGCGAGAGGUGCGCCAGGUCGUCAAGGAACCGGUGCGAGAGAGUAGAGCGGCCAAGCUAUUGUACAACCGGGUCAACAAGAUGAUUUCCCAAUUGGAUACCGUGCUCAACGAUCUGGAGCACAGACAGCAUCAGAUCAAGCAGGCGGAUUCUAGCGAUUACGUGGCUGCUAGUCCCAGUGUCGAGCCGCAGCAAAUGGUGCACAUCGACGAGCUGGUCUCUACCAUCAAGCGCAUGAAGGAGUCCUCCGAUGAAGAGCGAUUUAAGGUUGUCGAGGAUUUGCUGGUCAAGCUUGAUGCGGACAAGGAUGGUGUGAUUUCGGUGCAUGAGAUAACCAAGGCGGUGCAGAGCAUCGACAGGGAGGCCACCAAGAUCGACAAAAAGCAGCUGGAGGAGUUCACCGAGUUAUUAUCCAAGAUGGCGACCCGCCGGCGCAACGAGGAGAUCGUGCGCAUUGAUGACCUUAUGAGUAACAUCAAGGUGCUGAAGGAAACCAGUGACGAGGCACGUCUCAAGCACAUCGAAGCCGUCUUGGAGAAGUUUGAUUCCGACAAAGAUGGCGUGGUGACCGUCAACGAUAUUCGCAAGGUGAUGGAGUCCAUUGGUCGUGAUAAUAUCAAGCUGAGCGAUAAGGCCAUUGAGGAGCUGAUUUCUCUGCUUGACAAGGAACAAGUGCUGCAUGCAGAGCAGAAGAUUGAAAAGGCCAUAGCCAAGAGCAUGAAAGAGGCUGAAAAACUGAAGUCUGAGGUGGACAAAUCGGAUAAGGAUUUGGCCAAACUUGUGAAUAAUAUUCAUGAUUCCGCCAAGGAAAUUCAGGACAUUGCCAACGAAAUGCGUGAUAAGGAAGAAACACUAACCGACAAAGCUAAGGAGAGUAAACCGGAGCCCGCCUUCCAGGAUACGGCAAAAACAUUAAAGGACACAGCCCCGAACCUAAACGAGACGGUGCCAAAGGAUACCAAAAAAGAUCCGAAACCACCCACAAAGGCUUCCGCUGGCUCUGGUCCAACGGGGAAGUCCGGCGGAGGUGCGAAUAGUGGAGGAGGAGGCGGCAGUAUCGUUGGUGGAACAACGACGGAAUCGGCGCUCCGAGAGGCGGCCGAGCGGCAAAUGGAAAAGAUACUGCCCUCCACGGACAUUGGCCUACCGCCCACGAUACAAACACCACCGCAACCACCGACGUCCAAGAAAGCAACGGCCACGGCAUCGACCCUGUCCACGACGAUUACGGCCAAGAAGCUGCUCUGACCGACCGAGAAGUCCAAGGAGGGAGCGGAUGAGACAACUCCUAAGUCUGUACCUAAGCCGAAGUGAUGUGGUGCAGUAGAGGGCGGAGGAGAGGUGCUGCUCGUGUGUCCCAUAUUGUUCCGACUAUACAAAGAAUUAAUUGUUACCACUUAACUAAACGUAGGGAGAAUAUCGAAACGAAAAUGCGACUCUGUAUUUAACUUAAUUCGUGAUCCGGGAUCAGGAUUAGGAGAGUGCUAUACUUAACGCGUGGCUGUAGUACAGUAUCUUCUCUAAGUAAGGCACAAAUCAGAAACUAAUAGAAAUAUAUAAGAAUAAACCGACUUAACCGAUGUAUCUUGAUUUAUAAAUUAGUUUUAUCCAUAAAUCAACAUUCAACGCCUGAUCGGGCGAUUGACAACUUCACUUGGCCCAAAACAAUAUUAGAGAAGCGAUUGUGAUCAUUAGGCGAAAUGUUUAUUUACGUUUUAUACCCUACUGCUAUUAAUAUGUAUUUACCUCAAGCAAAUGAAUUAAGGAGACAGGUUUACUGAAAGAUGGCGACGAGAUAAUGAAGUUUAAUUGAAACCACGUGAUAGAUCUAAACAAUAAAGUGUGUGCUUGAAUUACCUAAAGAGAAUUUGUAAAAGUGUUUCGCAAUAAAAGUUAGUAUACAAAAACAA